GUGUGGGCUGUGCAGGCGCGUGAGAGCAGAAAGGGGACCCCCUCGCCUGGAGGUGGGGGAGGGGGGUGCGAGGAGGCUGCUGCCGUUGCGGGUCCCCGCAGGAGGCCCCCCCGUGAAGGGCGGUGGGGGGUGCUGAAGGGCCAGGGCUGCUGCUGCCGGGCCUGCGGGCACCAUGAACCCGAAGCAACGCCCUUUCUGUUGUAGCGUGAAGGGCAAUGUGAAGCUGGUGCGACUGGUGCUAACUGCGACAUCUAUGACCUUUUUUAUCCUCUCACAAGACCCUGAGCCAUACAUUGUUAUCACUGGAUUUGAAGUCACCAUUACUUUCGCUUUCAUAGUUUUAUAUAUGAUCAGACUUGACCGCAGAGUUACCUUUUUAUGUUGGCCUUUGCUUGAUAUUAUCAACUCACUGGUAGCAGCAAUGUUCAUGAUGGUCAUAGCUAUGUUGGCACUGAUAGCAGAAAACAUGCUAUUUACAGUCCUAGGAGGGGUGUUCUGCCUCCUGGCGGUGGUGUGCUGCUUCGCCGACGCGGCUCUCAUUUACCGGAAGCUCCUCUUCAAUCCCAGCGGUCCUUAUCAGAAAAAGGCUAUUCAUGACGAAAUAUAAAUGGUGUCAUUUUUUAAGAGACCUUUUUUCAGGAUUAAACACAUCUCUUUAUUUUUAUUUUUUUUCCCCCAGCCCCACGUGAUUUCUGCCCU